CAGAUUUGAGUACUCAGGCUUCGGACACAUGAGCUCAGAAGUCUCUUUUUUAACCCUGCUUCUCCCUCUCGACAUUUCAUCGCUUCUCCCAGCAGAUUGAUCGGUAGCCGAUGCUCUAAGCAAACUAGCGACCUUCACCUACAGCACUAAGCUCUAAGGAAACUCCCGAGAUUCGCCGACCGGUGCUAAUCAGCGAAGUUUCCUCUCAUCCCCUUAACCCCGCUUUUCAUGCUUAUGGGAAGAUGUAAAUAAGCAAAAUGUAUCCAAAGCGCUCUACUCAAGGAGAUGAAGAUGACACUAGGCCAGUUCGCACAAGUGACAGGCUCAGGAGAAGACCAAAAUCAUAUGUCAAUGGUCGCCAAUUUUUAUACUAUAUGGAACCUCGCAGAGGAAAGACAAAGAAAAAGGCACCAGCUUCUCGUAUUGCAAAGAUGUUCGGUGAUCGACAAGUUCGGAAAGCUAAGACAAGUCCAGUUGCAACAAAUCUCCGUCGUUCUACUAGAAAGAGGAGGAUUUCUGUAAACCUCGAAGGUUUCACAGAUAGUUCUGGAACAGAAGACAAUGACCUAAUGAGCCCCAAAUAUGGACGUUCCAGGGGCCAAAUCGAGAAUGACACUGCAAAUCAAGCUGAAUUAACUCCUCGACGUGCUGGUCUGCGUCCUCGCCGUACAGGAUUACGUUCUCGUCAUCCAACAACAGUUGCCAAAAAAAAAUUGAAAUUAGAGUCUGAUGAUGAACAACAUGGCACUUCAGAGGAGAAGGCUGGCCAGGACGAGGCAGAAAAUGGCAAUGAUGAUAAUGACGCUGAGGAUGAAGGUGAUGGCGAGGAUGAUGGGGAAGAUGAAGAUGGUGAUGACGAGGAGGGUGAAGAAGAGCAUGAGGGUAGGAGGAGGUAUGACCUCCGCAACCGUGCCGAUGUACGGAGAUCCAUUGAGGAGGGAAGUAGUAAGCAAAGAUCAAGGUCUCCUCGUAGGGUGCUUCAGCAGGGAAUGGGAACUAAUAAGGUGAAUAGAGAUGUAAGGAAAGGAGCACACCGUGUUCAUAAGCGUCACAGAAUGGCCCGAGCUGACGACUCUGAUGAUUCUCUUCUUGUUGACGAGUUGGACCAAGGUCCUCAUGUUCCUUGGGGGGGUAGUAGUAGAACAGGGGGGAGGUCUGGCCCGCCUUGGCUUUUGGGGGGGCUAGACACACACGGGACAUGGGGAUUGAAUCUUGCUGCUGCAUCUGGAUGGGGUCACCAAAGUGACACCUUGGCUGGUUUGACCUCUGGUGUUCAAACUGCCGGACCAAGUUCCAAAGGUGGGGCUGAUAUUCAACCAUUACAAGUUGACGGAAGCGUGAGCUUUGAGGACAUUGGCGGGCUUUCUGAAUAUAUUGAUGCACUAAAGGAGAUGGUUUUCUUUCCUCUGUUGUAUCCUGACUUCUUUGCAAGUUACAACAUUACCCCUCCACGGGGCGUGCUGUUAUGUGGUCCUCCUGGAACAGGUAAAACACUGAUUGCCAGAGCAUUAGCUUCCGCUGCUUCGAAGGCUGGUCAGAAAGUCAACUUUUAUAUGAGAAAAGGCGCUGAUGUUCUGAGCAAAUGGGUUGGUGAGGCCGAAAGACAGCUGAAGUUGUUGUUUGAAGAAGCUCAAAGAAAUCAACCUUCCAUCAUCUUCUUUGAUGAGAUUGAUGGACUUGCUCCCGUGAGGUCUAGCAAGCAAGAACAGAUUCAUAAUUCCAUCGUGUCAACUCUACUUGCCUUGAUGGAUGGUCUUGAUUCUCGUGGGCAAGUAGUUUUGAUUGGAGCUACCAAUAGGGUUGAUGCGAUUGAUGGCGCCCUUCGCCGCCCGGGAAGGUUUGACCGUGAGUUCAAUUUUCCUUUGCCUGGACUUAAGGCACGUGCAGAAAUAUUAGACAUACACACUCGUAAGUGGAAACAACCUCCUUCGAACGAGCUUAAAAUGGAACUGGCUGCUAGCUGUGUGGGAUAUUGUGGUGCAGACUUAAAGGCAUUGUGCACCGAGGCUGCUAUUCGUGCUUUCCGUGAGAAGUAUCCUCAGGUUUACACUAGCGAUGACAAGUUUUUGAUAGACGUUGACUCGGUUGAGGUACAAAAGCAUAAUUUCAUGGAGGCCAUGACAACGAUCACCCCUGCUGCUCACAGAGGUUCCAUAGUGCAUUCUAGACCAUUAUCACCUGUUGUUGCGCCUUGUUUACAAGGACAUCUCCGGAAAGCUAUGACCAUUAUUUCAGACAUUUUCCCUCUUGUAGUGUCUUCAGAGUUGACAAGGCUUUCCAUGCUUUCUUAUGGCUCCGCGGUUCCUCUGGUGUACAGGCCUAGGAUUUUGAUAUGCGGUGGUGAAGGAACUGGUCUGUUUUGCAGGAUCAUGUAGGGCCCGCAAUUUUACAUGAGCUGGAAAAGUUUCCCGUGCAUUCACUUGGACUUGCCUCUCUUCUUUCUGACCCUGGUGCCAAAACACCAGAAGAGGCAUUGGUUCACAUAUUUAGUGAAGCUAGACGGACAACUCCAUCAGUACUUUAUUUACCUCAAUUCCAUCUUUGGUGGGAAAAUGCACAUGACCAGCUCAAGGCUGUUUUGCUUACCUUGUUGGACGAACUGCCAUCUGACUAUCCUAUAUUAUUAUUUGGAACUUCCUCAGUGCGGCUCUCUGAGUUAGAAGAUAAUUCUUCUUCAGUAUUUCAUGAACAUAAUGUCUUGUGUAUAGACACACCAUCAGACGAAGAUAGAUCUAUGUUCUUUGAUUGUCUCAUUGAAUCUGCUUUGUCAAUUCAAUUCGACUCUGGUGUGUCCGACAAGUCAGAUUCUCUUCCAGAACUUCCGAAGGCUCCAAAAGUGGAUACAGGACCAAAGGCUUCUGAAUUAAAAUCCAAAGCUGAAGCUCAGGGACAUGCUCUCAGGCGAAUGCGUAUGUGCUUACGUGAUAUCUGUAACCGAAUUUUAUAUGAUAAACGUUUUAGUGCCUUCCACUUUCCAGUAAUGGAUGAGGAUGCACCAAAUUAUCGUUCAAUCAUCCAGAACCCAAUGGACAUUGCAACUCUGCUGCAUCAUGUUGACAGCGGAAAGUAUAUCACGUGCAAAGCUUAUCUAGAUGAUUUUGAUCUUAUUGUGGCAAAUGCAAAGAAAUACAAUGGCGAUGAUUACAAUGGAUCAAGGAUUGUCAGCAGAGCUUAUGAGCUGAGGGAUUCUGUGCAUGGCAUGCUUUCCCAGAUGGAUCCUGCCCUGGUUGCGUUCUGUGAGAAGAUUGCAGCGGAAGGGGGCCCCGUGUCGGUGCCUGAUGAAUAUGUUGGGAGCACCAUGGUGCCACAAUCUCCUAUUCUUGUGACCUCUGUCACUAGGGUAAGUGCACGCUUAAGGAAUGUACAGCCGGAAGUUAACCUGAAACAGAGUUACGAAGCUUUGAAGAGACCAAAGAAGAACGUUGAUGUUGCGCACACAGCUUCAACAUCAGAUGAGGGAUCACAACCCCAAGAGUCAUUUGAACACAAGUCCCCAACACAAGAACAACCUGAAGCUGCUGUUACUCAUGCCGAUGAGAACAUGCCGGAAACCAUAGUUUCUGACGGUCAAGCUGAGAAUUCCGGAUUCCAGCAAGAUGCUGACAUGUCAGAUGGAGAGGUUUGCAGUAAAAUUGAGUCCAUCAAGAAGCGUUGCUUGGAGCAGACAAAAGACUCUGGCAUUCCCCAACUAGAAAGACUGUACACUCGCCUCAUGAAAGGUGUUUUAGAAACAAAAAAUGGUGCAAAUGGCGACAAACAUGGCCUUAAGCCUGCGAUUUUGAGCUUUCUGUUGAAUUUUGUAGAUGAACCCUCCAAUUUUUCCAUGCCGUAAGUCCAAAUUCUCUACCACAGAGUAGAAUUAUUUAGAGUCUGAAAGAACUUGCAAGCUUAGAGCGUUAUUAUUUAAAUACUAACGUUAGUCGUCACUCGUUAAUAUAUGAUGCUACUAGGGCUUAUGAGUUUACCCG